AUAUGUGUGGGAGUGUGCGAGAGAGAACAAGUCAAGAGGACAGAGCGCUCCCCACACGUGUAAGCCUGUAUCUCCCAGCUUCGUAGCUCGCGUUCAUUCAUAUGGAUGCAGUGGUUAAAUAUUUGAUCAGAGGUAGCAGAGUUACAAGGACCCGUUGUGCUUUAACGAGCACACCUUAGAAUAGUGUGCUCAUAAAUCCCAAGAGAUAAAAUAUCCUAAGUGUAGCCCCCAUGUCUUACCCUUUCUGCCCUUCCCUACCCCCAUUGCCAGUCCCCCCCCCAAAAAAAAAAGCCAUAAAGGGUUGUGUGCAGCAGAUUGAAGAAGGAUUGGAGUCGGCGGCUACCAGAAAGGGGGAUUAGGGCCAGAUCGGUGCAAGUUAAAUUGCGCUGCAUAUAAAAAAUGGGCGGAUUGGUGUCCAGAUCCAGUGGCUGGUACCACCUUCCUUUCUAAAAUAAAAUCUCUCUGGCAUGAAGUCACCGCCUAUUUCACAUCCGGUUUGCGCUGGGACGUAUUACUACUGUCUUGGUACAGAGAAAUCUUUUGUUGUAUAGCUGCAGAUUGGAUAUUGGGAAGCAAAUUUGGGUAUGAAAUCUCCAGUGCAGGAACACGCAGAGUCCAUGAUGGCUCAGACCGAGUGAGUGAGCGCGGCGCGAGGACGCCCUCCGCCCGGCGCGCCCGCGCUCGCACACUCGCGCAGCUCCGGCUCACCGCGAUCCUCUCUCCCACACUUUUCUCCCGGGUCUGGAGCGAUCCGGUGCCCAGAGGGGGCCCCGAGCUGCACAAGCCCGUGAUGAAGAAAAGUCGGGGUCUUUCUGACUGUCUUUGGGCCUGGACCCUCAUUCUGAGCACUCUGUCGGGAAGAAGCUAUGGGCAGCCCUCCCAAGAUGAGCUCAAAGAUAACACCACUGUUUUCACGAGGAUUCUGGACCGACUCCUGGAUGGUUAUGACAAUCGUCUGAGACCAGGACUGGGAGAGCGUGUAACUGAAGUGAAGACUGACAUCUUCGUCACCAGUUUUGGACCUGUUUCAGACCACGAUAUGGAAUAUACAAUAGAUGUGUUUUUCCGUCAAAGCUGGAAGGAUGAGAGAUUAAAAUUCAAAGGGCCCAUGACCGUUCUGCGGCUAAACAACCUCAUGGCCAGUAAAAUCUGGACUCCAGAUACAUUUUUCCACAAUGGGAAGAAGUCUGUGGCCCACAACAUGACCAUGCCUAACAAACUCCUGCGCAUCACAGAGGAUGGCACGCUGCUCUACACCAUGAGGCUGACAGUGAGAGCCGAAUGUCCAAUGCACUUGGAAGACUUCCCUAUGGAUGCCCAUGCCUGCCCAUUAAAAUUUGGAAGCUAUGCUUACACAAGAGCAGAAGUUGUCUAUGAGUGGACGAGAGAGCCAGCUCGUUCAGUGGUUGUGGCAGAAGAUGGGUCACGCUUAAAUCAGUAUGACCUUCUUGGACAAACAGUUGACUCUGGAAUUGUUCAGUCCAGUACAGGAGAAUAUGUGGUUAUGACUACUCACUUCCACUUAAAAAGGAAAAUCGGCUACUUUGUUAUUCAAACAUACCUGCCCUGCAUAAUGACAGUUAUUCUCUCACAAGUCUCCUUCUGGCUCAACAGAGAGUCCGUACCAGCAAGAACCGUCUUUGGAGUGACAACUGUUCUGACCAUGACAACCUUGAGUAUCAGUGCCAGAAAUUCCCUCCCAAAGGUGGCUUAUGCUACAGCCAUGGACUGGUUCAUCGCAGUAUGCUAUGCCUUUGUUUUCUCGGCUCUGAUUGAGUUCGCCACAGUGAACUAUUUUACCAAGAGGGGAUAUGCGUGGGAUGGCAAAAGCGUGGUCCCAGAAAAGCCAAAGAAAGUGAAGGAUCCCCUCAUCAAGAAAAACAACACAUAUGCUCCAACAGCAACCAGCUAUACCCCUAACUUGGCCAGGGGUGACCCCGGCUUGGCAACUAUUGCUAAAAGUGCGACCAUAGAACCAAAAGAAGUCAAGCCUGAGACAAAACCACCAGAACCCAAGAAAACGUUUAACAGCGUCAGCAAAAUCGACCGACUGUCGAGAAUAGCCUUCCCGCUGCUAUUUGGAAUCUUUAACUUAGUCUAUUGGGCCACAUAUUUAAACAGAGAGCCUCAGCUAAAAGCCCCCACACCGCACCAAUAGGUUCUUUUAGUCGCAUUUUGUCGUUCAGUCCUCUGCUCCGAGAAUCGCUUUCUGUUCUCAGCGCAGUGAUUCCUAUCUGCUUUACUGCCUCUGUCUUAAAGAAUUCGAAGGUUUCCUUAUUUCCAUAUUUCACAUAAGAACAAGAGACCCCUGUCUGACAGUCCAGAGCAGAGCAGAAUAUUCAGCUCGGGGACAGGAUUCUGAGAGGAAGCCAGGGAGCAAAAUCAUGUCAGAAGGAGACAGACAAGAGGAAGGGAGAGAAGAAGGUCCAAAGAUAGGAAGAAAAGUAAAGAAAAACAGAGCUUAACUAUAACCACAGAGUCAUUUGUAGAUAUAUAUUUCCAGAUACUCUCAAAAAUUAUAUAUGUCAAAAAUAUUUUUGUGUGAAGGUGUGUUUCAAAGGAUAAAUGACAAAUGUUUAAUGAACUUUAAAAAUCUAUGUCUUUAUUGCACAAAUGAUAGUGUUAUGUUUUUAUUCGUUUUUAUGUUUUAAGCUGAUAUAUAGAUUUAAUGUUUUGUUUGUCAAACUGAAAAUUCCCUAAGCUUUCUCUUUUUAAAACUCUCACUAUGUAAUAUUUUGUUAUUCAAUGCUAUUUUAGAAUUUAUGGAAGUCUAAUAAACAGGCUAAGGUGUGGCUGUCGCUGUAGCACUCUGAAUCCAAUGGAAAGAAAGCCUUUCAAUGGGAUAAGUCGCUGUCAUCUGAACCAUUACCAGUAGACUCUAUGGAGAUCAGCCAGCCUAACACUGAUGUUUACUUCAUAGAAACUGAACUAAAUAAAUUAAUUGAAUAAUUUAAAAGUUAACCUUCUUUUCACUCUUAUUCCCAAAUAGCCCAUUCACCCCAGAGUCACACUAUUCUUAUGAUGAAGAUGCUUUCAGAGGGGCAAAUCUAUUUUGCAAGCUCUAGAAUUGUUGAAUGUAUUCUUUUAUAUAACUACAUCAAAAGCUUUAGACUGAAAUUUAUGACUAGCCAACAAAAAAAAUAGAAUAUAUAAAUUACAUAUGUAAAUAUUCAGCAUGAGAUUGUACAUUUUAAAUUUUUUUAAAGUUAUGUUCUUAAAAUACCAUGAGUAAUCUCCACUUUUAGCUGUUAGAAUGUUGUUAAAUGCUAUGGAAAUACAUUUAGAGCCUGCAUUUAAGAACAGAACAGCCUGUAGGAGACAGAUGCCAAUUAAAACAUUGAAUAUGAAAUCCAAUUAUACAGAGAAUGCUCUUAACUUCACUGUUGCCCAGUGUUCAAUAGUAGAUCAGUUGCUAUCUGCUCGGGUUCUAUCAUACCAUUUUUUCCCUAUUUUAUGCUAUUAUGAUAAAGAGAAAAAAAUAGGGGAUAGUAGUUGGAGCUAGAAAACCAACUGUAUAUUAUUUCUCUAUUGCUGAUACCAACUAUUUCAAUAAGUGCUGUACCAUAUGUAGCAUCCAAUAUGAAAUACAUGAAAGAAUGUACAGGAACUAGCUUUUAUUGAGUAAUAUUAUCACAUUUCAUUUAUACUGCAGCAAUAUAUUUGUAGGUAUACUAUGUAAGGGCUUUAAAUAAAAGAGGUCCAUUACCGUUCCUUAUGAAAAAUUCUAGCCUUUCAUUAUUGCCCAGAUGUUUUAGAAGUAAAUAUUUAUGAAGAAGGUAUUUUUGAAGUCUCCUUUUGUCUGAUAGAUUUUCACAGAUAUUUAACGUUAGUGUUCAGAAUCCACAGAUCAUGGUCUAAUCACAUUUUAAGACCGUGACACAAAACUUUUAGCAUAAUUGCCAAAUAAGUCAAUUAGAAUCCAUCCCUGAGUUUUGAGCAAUGUUUUUUUUUCUCAAAAAGCUACUAUCCAUUGAUGUUGGAAAACACAUUGCUUGUGUUUCCCUAAAGAUGACAAAUCUCUGGUUUCAUUUUAAAUGUGCUUCAUUGUUCGAUUUGGUCCUGCCUAAAUUUCAUGAGCUAUGCCAAAAAUGGCUGAACCAAGGACAUUUCAUGUAUAGAUAUGUAUAGAAAAUAAAAUAUAUUAUGGCUCUAACAUUUGUGUUGCUGUUUAUCUUGUUAUUUUCCGACGUCAACCAAACAUGUUCAGUAAGCGCAUUUUAUCUUCCAGACUUCCCAUGCCUAGUUUUGGGUCUGUGUUUUGCUUAUUAGGUGUGACUAUUUCUUAGUAGUCUGCUUACUGCUUUGCAAUGAUUGCAUUGCCAUCAUUUCUUAGUUUGUUAGUAUGUGUGAGUAGUUUUCUAUUGUGUAUAUUGAUUGCAAAUUUAUCAAAGAGAAAUUAUUCUAUGUAGUUUUACAACAGUGCUUUGCUAAACCAUGUAAUACUAGUUAAGUCUUCCUUGAAAAAUAAAGAAACACUCUUUAGAGGACAGUUCCUGUUGAUUCCCAGGAAUUUUUUUUUUAAAGAUGACACUGAAUGUUUAUGCACCUUAGUGCAGUGAAGUGGCAAUAAAACCCAACCUGAGUCAAGAUUGCUCAUGGCAGCUGCAUGUCUCGCUUUACAGCGUUUAGCAAAAGCUUUUAAUCUUAUGUCUCACUGUAUUCUAUUACAAAAAUAAAGCUUACAUUAUUCAAUAAUAAA